CUGAAUGCUGGAGCGAUCCCGAGUUGUUCAUGCGAACCAGAACGUGCGCUAUGCGUGCACGGAUACGUCAAAGUCUUAAACUCGCAUCGAUUGUUAAAUAUAUAUAUACAGAGAGAGACUUUCAGCAUGGCUGUGGCUGAGGCACUGAUGCCCGCCUUGACGUCGUUUCCAAAUUUCAAAGCGAUGGAUAACCUUUGCAGCGUGGAUGAGUGGGUGAGGAGCGGCGCAACAGGUGGCACGGGCAGCGCGCGCAUCGAGGUCGACUUGAGCAUCGUUCACUCUCCGUCUGCAGCCCACAAGGACGACGACGAGCUCGGGAAGUUUCUGGACCUCGAGUUCAUCCUGUCGAACACCAUCUGCACCGACUCUACUGCCGGGAGCAGCGACAGAGGGAGCGCGUCUCCCACACGGCAGCAGCAGCAGCAGCAGUGCGGGUACUCUUUGCCGGAGUCGCCGGAAAGCUGCGGCGGCGGUUCUCUGCCAGACUGCGCCGACCACCCGCCUUCUCACCUGGCUCAGGGCUACCCGGGCGUCGUCGGCGGCUUCGCGGAGUCGAGCCCUGUCCGCAGCCUGAUGGCGGAACUUCUUACGCCCGACAUGAGUUAUCCAGAGGAAGACGCUCCGGAGAGAACGAGGAAGGCGAGGGACAGCUGCGAGUACACCGAGCUGCGGGCUUUAAACGGCCCUCCGCUCCCCCACGCGGCGUCACCUCCGUCCCCGCUUGGAUACAAAAUAAAAACCGAGCCCGGGGUGCAGUCGUGCAUGAUAGCUGCUGCCGGAGCCUUUGCGGAAGGAGCAUAUGAAAAACACCAGAUGCGCUCGGCCGCAGCUUUUACGCACCACCAGCCUCCCGUUGCGGCGCAGGGCUUCGGCGCGCACCAGAUCCAACUUCAGGGACGCACAGACUGCACGCUGCAGCAGCACAUGAGGCCCCACCACCAUCAUCCUCUUCAUCAUCACGGUCACGAUCAGAACCAGCUGUCAAGCCAGUACAUGAACGCGCCGUACCACCCGCAUUACGCACACCGAGGUGCGCCACAGUUCCAGGGACAGUACAGCAUGCAGCACCAUCCCGCCGCCUCGCUGCCGGGGAUGAUGCUCACUCCGCCCUCGUCGCCUCUGCUGGACUUUUACGCGCACGACGAGGCCGGCUGCGUGAAGCAGAAGCGAGGCCGCAAGUCUUGGACCAGGAAACGCGCCGCCACGCACAACUGCGAGUUCCCCGGCUGCGGGAAGACGUACACCAAGAGCUCCCACCUCAAGGCGCACAUGAGGACGCACACAGGUGAGAAGCCCUACCACUGCAACUGGGAAGGCUGCGGCUGGAAGUUCGCCCGAUCCGACGAGCUGACUCGGCACUUCCGGAAGCACACCGGGCACAGGCCGUUUCAGUGUCACCUGUGCGAGCGCGCGUUCUCUCGCUCGGACCACCUGGCUCUCCACAUGAAAAGGCACAUGUAGGUCAUUCUCAGCUCAGAGUCUCUCUUUAUGGACCCCCCUCACCCCCACUCAUCCUCUCUCUCCCCUCUGGGGUAUCGCUGUCAGCAUCUCCAGAGACGCCGCACAGCAAGUGGACAACUUCUAACUGAACUGCUGUGUAUGAACGAAAUGAAGCAUUCACAUAUAGGAGCGUGCCGACCUGAGGUCAUUAUGUACUUUAUGAGAAGAUGCAAAGUGGGAAAUGGGGGAGAUUUUAUAUUUCUUAUGAUUUUUUUUUUUUAACUUUCUAUAAGUGCCUCAUUUCUACCAAAUCAAGUGCCUCUAGUGGUUUCUGUAUAUUUUUGUAAAAAAAAAUAAAAUAAAAUAUGACAAACACUGGCUAAGUUAUAGUAGUUUAGCAUUUAACAAAUUUCUUCCAUCUGCCUUUGUUCUAAGUUAUUGAUCAGUUGGUGAGUGCCUUAGCCAGACUGCUUUAUUUGCUCACUGUAGGCCAGACACUGUGCAUAUAUAUAUAUAUGAUGGUUAAACGGCAUUUUUACGUAGUCUGUUUCUAAGAAUAAGGUAAAAUCAGGUCAAAGUUGCCAUAUUUUUCCUGAACCCAACAGUUGUCGUAGUCGUGCUUUGCAUUGUGGGAUCAGCGUGUUUCACUUUCAGUCUUUUUUUUUUGCUCAUCCAAACAAAAAUGACCAAAUUCAGGUACUAUGCUAGUUUUCUACAGCGCUAACAGACACGAUUUCCUUCAGCUCAUCCACACAUGGCUCAUUUUGCGGGACUACGGUCAGGAAUGAAUGAAUGAGUGAAUGCAUGAAUGUUGAGCGACUGCGUCUAAGAAUGAAGUAUCCACUGUAACCACUGGUUAAACGGCUUUUACUUGAAACUAAAAUGUAAGCUUGCAUAUGUACUGCUGACGGAAUGCAAAUGUUUUUCUAUGUGCUCAAGGGCUCGGAAUAAAAAAAACUACUUUUACAAUAAA